AUGGAAGACUCCAGCAGGGAUAGGACAUCCUUAGUGAAAGGGGCUAAGGACAUUGCCAAGGAGGUGAAGAAACAAACUGUGAAAAAGGUGAAUCAAGCAGUGGACCGGGCCCAGGACGGCUACACACAGAGGUCCUAUAGCCGAUUCCAAGAUGAAGAAGACGAUGAUGAUUAUUAUCCAGCAGGAGAAACCUAUGAUGGGGAAGCCAACGAUGAUGAAGGGUCAAGUGAAGCAACAGAAGGCCAUGAUGAAGAUGAUGAAAUUUAUGAAGGCGAAUAUCAGGGCAUUCCCAACCUAAACCAAGGGAAAGACAGCAUCGUGUCUAUAGGGCAGCCCAAAGGUGAGGAGUACAAGGACCGGACUGAAUUGGAAUCCGAAAGAAAAGCUGAUGAGGAAGAAUUAGCCCAGCAGUAUGAGCUAAUCAUUCAAGAAUGUGGUCAUGGACGUUUUCAGUGGGCCCUUUUCUUUGUCCUGGGGAUGGCGCUCAUGGCAGAUGGCGUGGAAGUGUUUGUGGUGGGCUUCGUACUGCCAAGUGCUGAGACAGACAUGUGCAUACCAAAUUCUGGAUCUGGAUGGCUAGGUAGCAUAGUGUACCUCGGGAUGAUGGUGGGGUCAUUCUUCUGGGGCGGAUUGGCCGACAAAGUGGGAAGGAGACAAUCUCUUCUGAUCUGCAUGUCUGUCAAUGGAUUCUUUGCCUUUCUUUCAUCAUUUGUCCAGGGUUAUGGCUUCUUUCUCUUCUGUCGCUUACUUUCUGGAUUUGGGAUUGGAGGAUCUGUGCCAACCGUCUUUUCCUAUUUUGCUGAAGUGCUUGCGCGGGAGAAACGAGGGGAACACCUGAGCUGGCUCUGCAUGUUCUGGAUGAUUGGGGGCAUCUAUGCCUCAGCCAUGGCUUGGGCCAUUAUCCCUCACUAUGGAUGGAGCUUUAGCAUGGGUUCUGCCUAUCAGUUUCACAGCUGGCGGGUCUUCGUGAUUGUCUGCGCUCUCCCCUGUGUCUCCUCUGUGGUGGCCCUCACUUUCAUGCCGGAAAGUCCCAGGUUCUUGUUGGAGGUUGGGAAACAUGAUGAAGCUUGGAUGAUUUUGAAGCAAAUCCAUGACACUAAUAUGAGAGCACGUGGCCAGCCCGAGAAAGUCUUCACUGUGAACAGAAUCAAAACUCCAAAGCAGAUCGAUGAAUUAAUUGAAAUUGAGAGUGACACAGGAACCUGGUACAAGAGGUGCUUUGUUCGAAUCCGCACAGAAUUGUAUGGAAUCUGGUUGACUUUUAUGAGAUGUUUUAACUAUCCAGUUAAGGAGAAUACACUGAAGCUGACAGCAGUUUGGUUCACCUUGUCUUUUGGGUACUAUGGAUUGUCUGUCUGGUUCCCUGAUGUCAUUAAGCAUCUGCAGUCCGAUGAAUAUGCAGCCCAAGUGAGAAAUAUUGGCAGAGAAAGAGUAGCCAAUUUUACUCUCAACUUCACCUUGGAAAAUCAGAUCCACACCAAUAUCGAAUACGACAAUGGCAGGUUCAUGGGGAUGAAGUUCAAAUCUGUGACUUUUAAAGACUCUGUUUUUAAGAGCUGCAUCUUUGAGGAUGUGACCUCCCUGAACACCUACUUCAGGAACUGUACAUUUAUUGACACAGUUUUUGACAACACAGAUUUUGAGCCAUUUAAAUUCAUUGACAGCGAAUUUAAAAACUGCACGUUUUUGCGUAAUAAAACCGGAUGUCAGAUCAGCUUUGAUGACGACUAUAGCGCCUACUGGAUUUACUUUGUUAACUUCCUGGGUACCCUGGCAGUGUUGCCAGGGAACAUCGUAUCUGCACUGUUGAUGGACAGGAUUGGACGUUUAACCAUGCUAGGUGGCUCCAUGGUACUUUCUGGGAUUAGCUGCUUUUUCCUGUGGUUUGGUACCAGUGAAUCCAUGAUGAUAGGCAUGCUAUGUCUGUAUAAUGGCCUGACCAUUUCGGCCUGGAACUCCCUGGAUGUGGUCACCGUGGAACUCUACCCAACGGACAGAAGGUCAACAGGUUUUGGCUUCUUGAAUGCUCUAUGCAAAGCAGCAGCUGUGCUUGGAAACUUAAUAUUCGGCUCCCUCGUUGGUAUCACCAAAGCCAUCCCUAUUCUACUAGCUUCUACUGUGCUCGUGUGUGGAGGCUUGGUGGGACUCCGGCUGCCUGACACAAGAACCCAGGUUUUGAUGUAA